UAUUAUGAUAUNAUUGAUAAUAAACUUUUACCAAAAUUAUCACAAAAUUUACUUGAAAUUUUAAACGAUGAAGAAUAUUAUGAUAUUACAAUUGAAGUUGGUAGUGACCCUUACGUAAAAGUAUUCCGUGCUCAUAUGGUUAUUCUAAAUUAUCGUUCAUCAUAUUUUCGUAGAAUUUUGUCAACUAAUAAAAAGAAAAAUGAUGAAACUUUGACGAAUAUUAA